GCACUUAUUCGAAGGUGGCGCUUAUUCGAGGGGAGGCGCUAAUUUGGGGAUUUACGGUAUACAGUAAAAGUCUGAGUGUAAGCCUUGGAAAUUAAGCAGUUCUUAAAAAAAAGUCCAUUCCCAUGUUUAGGCUACGUAACCUCAGCUGUCAUAAUGUUUAUUCGACACGGCCUUCUUUCUGCAACUGGCUCCACCGCAGUUUGGAAAAACUCUUUGGGGCUAUGGGAGAGUUUAUAAGCAACCGUCCUUCUACGGUCGUAGCAUUUGCCGUCGUGCUUGUAGGGGUAUGUUCAGUUGGUUUCUUGUGGUUAAACCCUGAAGGUAGAGCAGCUGAGCGUUUUGUACCCCAGGACGGCAAAGCUGUUCAAGAUCUGAACAAGGCAAACAACUUCUUUCCCAUGAAAUUUCGUCAAGAAGAGGUGAUUAUUGCUGCUAAAGAUGGAGGCAACGUCCUUGGAUUUAAAUAUUUCCGAGAAGCCCUUCAGGUACACAAGGUGAUUGAAAACUUGACAGGCUACACUGAUAUAUGCCUGACAAGGUCUGGAUAUAAAGCAACAUCAAGAGAAUUCUGCAUGGCUAUCAAUCCUUUAGAGCUUUAUAACUUCAGUGAGGCAAACUUCGUUAACAUCACAGGAAAAAUAAACGCGGCUUCAAUCUAUCCAGGAAUUGUGACUAUGAGCAAUGGUCGACCAUCCUGCUUAAACAUGCCUAAAAUGUUUGGCGGCAUAAACAAAAGUAAAUCCACUAAUGAAAUCCUGAGUGCACAAGCAAUGAAGAUAACGUACCUUGUCAAAGAGCCUAGGAGUGACGAAGAGAGAGAUCAAGUCGAAGCCUGGGAAGAUUCAUUUGUCAAAAUACUCUUGUCUCUCAAAGAUGACUUGUCUAGUGUUAUGCUUUACAUUUCUGCCGAGAAGAGUUUGGACGAUGCCAUUGCCGAGAGCAGUUCAUCCGACAUCCGUUUUUUUGCCCUUACGUUUACCCUCAUGUUGCAGUUUGCAAGUUUUAUGAUUGGAAAACUUUUCCGGAAUCCGCUAACUGGGCACUCUCUGCUUGCUUUAGGUGGUACCUUUUCUGUGGGUCUUGGUAUCUUAGCUGGGUUUUCUUUAGCAAUGUUGAUACGAACCCCUUUCACAAGAAUUGUGGGUGUCCUGCCCUUUCUUGCUAUUGGCAUUGGUCUUGAUGAUAUGUUUAUCAUUGUUGACUAUUUGGAUCGCCAGGAACGCCAUUUGACAGUGCCCAUGACAGUGCGUAAAGUGAUGUCAGAAACUGGAGUGACAGUUACCAUGACAACACUUACUGACCUGGAGGCGUUUGCUGUUGGUAGCUCGUCUCAGUUUCCCUCCAUCGCUUACUUCUGCACAUAUGCCGCUUUAACAAUCAGCUGUGCAUUUCUCAUGAUUGUAAGCGUGUUUGUGGCUCUGCUAUCAUUCGACGUGCGAAGAAUUAAAGCGAAUCGACGCAACUGUCUUCCAGUGUGUUUUGCGCCUGCCCCAAAACAGGGGCAACCUCCAUGGGAUGAACCACGCCCUCAAGCAUCGAACAGAUUGAUGGAAAGGUGGGGAAAGUUCCUCAUGCGUCCAACAACGAAGGCUUUGGUUUUAGUCAUCUCGCUUGGCUUAUUGGCAGGGGGAAUAUAUGCCACCCUUCACCUAGAUCAAGAAUUUGACCGAUCCUUAUUAGCCAAAGAAGAUUCCUACUACAAAGCCUUCAUGAAAAUAGAUCAUGAAUAUUUCAGACUUCCCACACAGGCGAGCGUUGUUUUAGGUGGAAAUGUGCAGUACAGGAAGUUGUCUACACAGAAUGAAGUUAUCAGGCUUUCAGAAAUAGUGGCAGAGAACAAAUACUUUAAAGAAGAUACAAUUACAUGGAUGGGCUCCUUCUUGAAGUACUGUAGAGAUCAGAACAAAACUUGUGAUGGUGAAAGCUUCAUGGGUAAUUUGAAACUGUUCCUGAACGCCUCGCAGUUUACUUACUUUAAAGAAGACAUCAAAUUUGAUCAGAAGGAGAAUGAUAUUGAAGCCACACGCAUCAUUGUUUACAUGAAGAGCUCUACAAGCUCGAUUUAUAGAAAAGAUGCAAUGCUGUCCAUACGUAAAGAUCUUUCCAGCAAGUCCCAGUUGCCUGUUUACAUAGCCUCUGCAUCAUUCACUUUCCUUGAACAGUACGCAGCCAUAGCUUCUGAAACGAUUCGUAACCUGACCAUUGCAUCAUUAGUAAUUCUCAUUGUUACUGCUCCAUUCUUGGUCAACCUAAGUGUUUCGCUGUUGGUCUUCUUUGAUUUUGUGUCUCUGAUUUUUGAGUUGUUUGGCAUGAUGUGGCUGUGGGAUGUCUCCCUUAACUCGAUAUCCGUGAUCAAUUUGGUCAUGGCUAUUGGCUUUGCUGUUGACUACAGUGCUCAUGUGGCCCACGCCUUUGUAGUUGCUCCUGGCAGCUCAGCUGAGAAGAGAGUUAUUGAUGCACUUACUCAUGUUGGAGCCAGUGUUCUACUAGGAGGUGCCAGUACGCUCGUCGGAAUUGGAAUGACAGCCUUAUCCAAGUCAGAGAUAUUUCAGAUCUUUUUCAAAAUGUUCUUCAGCAUGAUCUUUCUUGGUCUUCUCCAUGGGCUUUGCAUUCUGCCAGUUCAUCUGUCAGUUUUCCACAGGCUCACCACGUUUACCCAUGCAAACAAGAGUGGUGCAUUGCGUGAUGGUGAUGAUGUUGGAGAUUCCCGUUUGAAGGAAGGCAACAUUAACCCAGGGGUAGAGGUCGAGACAGAACUCCAUGACAAUCAUCUGGAACAAUCUGCCAAUACAAAAGCUUUAAAGACAGAGGAACUCAAUGGCGCUCACUUGAAAGACUCAACCGAAGAUGAACACACUGAUGGCCCUAGUGAUACCCUCGAUUCUCAUCCAGCCUGCUUAUCAACAAGCAAAUCCCAGGGUGAGGAAUGUAACGAAGAGGACCAUAGUUACUCGCCUUGGGCUAGUGACACGAGGAUUUAAGCGGAUGUUUUAAACACAGCGAUUCGCAGAGGUACCUUUAAAGGGAAUCUUGGCUGAACAACAGUUUUGUUCAAAAUCACGAGUCGGUGUCUGUGUUGAACUCUUUCAGCCAUUUUAAGUCGAUAAUUCUUUGCCUGUUUUGAAUGCUGGGCGUUUUCGCCUCUGCUAUUUUAGGCUUUUAAAUUUCCCGCGCGCUGCCAUGUUUAUUUUUGCUCUGCUUGAUGGAAAAAUUAAGACGUCAUUUCGUGUUUGGACGAUUUUUUAAAUAAAACAUUGCGUGAAUCUAGAGGUAUAAAAGCGCUUCUAAUCAUUUAUAAUUCAUAUUCCGGAUGAGUGUGUACAGUUCCAACGAAAAAUCACUUCAUGUAGAAACCAUAUCCAGAUCUCUGACCACACAGUGACGUCUUAAAUUACCAUGAAGUAAACAUGGCGACGCCCAGGUGAUUUAACCUGAAAAACAAAAACUUCGUAUUCGAACCCCAGGAUCAGUUAAAGAUAUCUAUUAGGUAUACUUUGUAACUUGAACUGCUUUUCAGCCGAGAUUCUCUUUAAAAGUACGAGUGCUGCAAAUGGUACUAACAGCCAGAAUAACGGUUAAAAGUAAAAUUAUAGCGAGCGAUUCUAGUGCGCACCGACUUCUAUGUAGUUUCCGAAGUUUAAAAGUUUUCAGAUACCAUAAUUAUGUAGAGUACAGAUGUAAUGAAUGAAAUCAAUUCAUAAGAACCAAUUCAUUGGAAUUUUAUGACGCAGU